AAAAAAUUCAAAAAUCCCAGAGACGUCUUUGUAUACGUCACAGGGUCUCUCACUUCACUCCCAAACCCAGAUCUACUAACCUCUCAAAUCCAGAUCUACCCAAAAUGAGAGAGUGCAUCUCCAUCCACAUCGGCCAAGCCGGAAUCCAAGUCGGCAACGCCUGCUGGGAGCUUUACUGCCUCGAACACGGCAUUCAGCCUGAUGGCCAAAUGCCGAGUGACAAGACCGUCGGCGGCGGAGACGACGCCUUCAACACUUUCUUCAGCGAAACCGGCGCCGGAAAGCACGUCCCCCGCGCCGUGUUCUUGGAUCUGGAGCCCACCGUCAUCGACGAGGUGAGGACCGGAACUUACCGUCAGCUCUUCCACCCUGAGCAGCUCAUCAGCGGCAAGGAGGACGCCGCCAACAACUUCGCCAGAGGCCACUACACAAUCGGGAAGGAGAUUGUGGAUCUGUGCUUGGACAGGAUCCGGAAGCUUGCGGACAACUGUACUGGGCUUCAAGGGUUUCUGGUGUUCCACGCUGUCGGAGGUGGGACUGGAUCUGGACUUGGAUCUCUGCUCUUGGAGAGGCUCUCUGUCGACUAUGGGAAGAAAUCUAAGCUUGGAUUUACUGUGUACCCAUCUCCUCAGGUCUCUACUUCUGUUGUGGAGCCUUACAACAGUGUCUUGUCCACUCACUCGCUCUUGGAGCACACUGAUGUGGCUGUGCUUUUGGACAAUGAAGCCAUCUAUGAUAUCUGCCGUAGGUCGCUUGACAUUGAGAGACCUACCUACACCAACCUCAACAGGCUUGUUUCUCAGGUUAUUUCCUCACUCACUGCUUCUCUGCGUUUUGAUGGAGCACUCAAUGUGGAUGUGACUGAGUUCCAGACCAAUCUGGUGCCAUACCCCAGAAUCCAUUUCAUGCUUUCAUCCUAUGCACCAGUCAUCUCUGCCGAGAAGGCCUACCAUGAGCAACUCUCUGUGGCUGAAAUCACCAACAGCGCCUUUGAGCCAGCCUCUAUGAUGGCCAAAUGUGAUCCUAGGCAUGGGAAGUACAUGGCUUGCUGUUUGAUGUACAGAGGAGAUGUCGUACCAAAGGAUGUGAAUGCGGCUGUGGCCACAAUCAAGACCAAGAGGACCAUUCAGUUUGUGGAUUGGUGCCCAACUGGUUUCAAGUGUGGUAUCAACUACCAGCCUCCUACUGUUGUACCUGGUGGUGACUUGGCCAAGGUUCAGAGGGCUGUGUGCAUGAUUUCCAACUCCACAAGUGUUGCUGAGGUGUUUUCAAGGAUUGAUCACAAGUUUGAUCUGAUGUAUGCCAAGCGUGCUUUUGUGCACUGGUAUGUUGGUGAGGGUAUGGAGGAGGGUGAGUUCUCAGAAGCUAGGGAGGACUUGGCUGCUCUUGAGAAGGAUUAUGAAGAAGUUGGGUUGGAGUCUGCUGAAGGUGAAGAUGGUGAGGAUGAAGAGUACUAGAUAUUAGUUCAUGGAAAUUUAGAAUUUGCGUGUCUUCAAAGCUGUGUUAUGGCUGCAGCCAAUGGACUCAUUGGUCUGUUAACCAUGAACAAGCCAUCUUAGUUUCUUAUUUGUGUAAUCUCGGAUUAAUCGAUGCUUUUGUUUUCAAUAAUUUGGUUGUCUAUCCUAUGCGAUUCUAUGUGCUCUUUGUGAUGUGCAAAUACAGUAUAUCCGGAGUAUUUUGCGAGU